AUUUCCGUCUAACUUCAUCUUUUGCGUGCAGAGCUAUAGCCAGUAUUGAAACUAUUACUUGCUAAGCCUCCAGGUUUUCAUUUAACUUGUAUCAUUUAACUCUUUUCUUUUUUUCAUUUUUUUGGGUUUUUUUUUUUUUAUUUAUUUUAAGAACUUGGAUUGUCAAGAAUUCAUGAUGAAGAGCCCUCUUUUGUCCCUCUUACUUGUCUCCGUUCUAUUUAUGAACAGCUUCUCAGAAGUGCAGGGAAGGAAAUGGAAAGGUGAAGGUACAACACAAAACCUGGAAAAUAUUGCCACUGGAAGAUGCUAUGACUAUACUAGAAUUGUGAAUCCUGCUGUUGGUGAGAAAAAUUGUUCAGCGAUGUGGGAAGCGUUUAAAAAUGCAUUUAUUAACAAGGAUCCUUGCAACAUUCUACCUAAGGACUAUGAAUUAUUCAUCAACCUGUCAUUGCACACAAUUCCACCUAGCAAGUCUCUCUUCUGGGAAAAUAACCAGCUGCUGGUCAAUACCUUUGCUGGCAGAGGCCGUCGCUUCAUGUCUCUGGGAGAUACUCUGUUUGGCUUCUUUGGAGAUUUUCUGAACUGGUGUGGGCAGGCAGGGAGCACUGAACCGGACUAUGAAUCCUGCCCUACCAUGGAGGACUGUGAAAACAACGCGGUGGACUCUUUCUGGAGGAUGGCCUCCAUCACUUACGCAAAGCAGAGCUCUGGGGUGAUACAUGUCUUGUUGAACGGUUCUUCUGUCGGAGGAGCUUAUCCAGAGCCAGGUUUUUUUGCAGAUUAUGAAAUACCUAAUCUCCAGAAAGACAAAAUCUCACAAAUUGUCAUCUGGGUUGUGGAUGAUAUCAAAGGACCAGAUAGAGAUUCCUGUGGAACUAAUACUGUAAAGAAAUUAGAAAACAGGCUGAAAACCCUUGGGUAUGAUGUCACCUGCACUGACAAUUACAAGUCUGUCAUGUUCUUACUCUGCCUGGAUUACCCUGAUGAUCCUCAGUGUACCCUCUCAUCAUCUGCAGCAGCAGCACAAAGAGGACUCCUAUCUUCAAACAGAGGAGGCAGCUGGGACAAGUUCAUGUUUGUUUCCUUUGUAGGCUUUUUAUUGAGGUUUGCUUUAGUGCACUAAGUUAAUCAAUCAACUGAAUCCAUAUCCUCUGUUUGCCUUAGCUGACUAUAAAUUUGGCUUUAACUGAUGUCUAACUGCAAUUUCACACUAGUUCUGGGACUGGCAAACCUGCGUAUUAAAACACUGCGUACUUCUGUUGAGAUACCAACUACUUUUAACAUCAAAAAUUAUUCUACUGCUUCCAGAAAUCCUCACCCUUCGUUUCCUUUCCUUGAAUAGAAACAACCCAUUGCUAUUUCCACUUACCCCUAUUGUCCCGAAUUAAACUGAGACUAAUACUUCCUGUGUAAGUAAUUCAGAAAGAAAAGUGAAACUACGUCUGUCACACAUCUCCCACCCAGUGUCCUCCUUCGUAAAAACAAUCCUAGUGUCUGGCCUUGGAAACUAAGAGUCUGAUUCUCAUGUAUGGGGAAGGGGAAAUACGAACUCGGAUGAGAGAGAGCUUAGAUUGCUCACUUGGUGCAAGAUACAAGUGAGACAAUGAAAAAAUUAAACUCAUUUUCAUAAAAGGUCCAGUACUUGGGCCAAACUUACCUGAAACUAUGAUACAGAGAGGUUCUGGCUUGCAUACAGUAUUAUACCACAUACUCGAUGAUUGCUUCGUCACCCGCACAGCUGUUCCUCAGCUGGCCAUUUCCUGGCCACUGGGUAGCCAAGGGUCAGGAAUACCAGGUCUGGAAAGCUCCGUGGGUUUUUCACCGUGAUGUGCUUUAUGGCAUAUUGAAUUCAGACAAGAAGCUGCCAAGUCAGACAUCUGCCUGCUCGCAGUGAGGAUGCUGCAGAACAUACUGAGGAGACAGCGGAUGCCCUCGUGAAGGUCUCCCGUGUUACUUCUGUGAAUUAUCUAGGUGUUCCAGCUCGAUGCUCCUCUAAACCACCAAGACACCCAGCUACCAACAUGACACAUAAAUCUUUGGAAAGAAAUAGUUGUUCUUCUAGAAAAUAACUUUCAGUAGAAUUUUCUUGCAUGUUCUCUGUUAGCUUCUGUAUUAUUUAUUUUUGUUUGUCGGGAAACUGGAAUUGGAUGUUCCUGUUACCUCAGUGCGUCUGAUUUAGGACUGCACAGUAGAUUUCUGUCCUUUCAGUCCCUGGUACAACUACAUCAUGUUGUAUGUUUGAAAGAUAAAAUAACUGAAAUUUGUUGUUA